AUGCUACAAACCAAGCUAAUUACCGAUCUAAUCGUACUGCACAAGAACGUGACGACGGAAAUGAACGUGAAAGAAUUCGGAUAUCACAAACGCGUGAAGCGCGAGCGCGACAUUCAACUAAUAAUCGCGCAAGCAUUAAAAUACAAAAACGAAGCCAAUGGAUUGUGUUGCGCAAAUGGUAAAGUGAAAUUGAUACCAUUGGAUCCACCACCAGAACCAUUGUACUCAUUGGUUUCAGGAAUAGGAACAGAUUCUAUACACUUUUUGACACAUAUCCAACAAUAUAACAAUUGCUUUCAAAUGACUUCAUUUGGGGCAACAAAUGUAGUUCGGGAAAAUUUUAUGCCAACUUUCAAGAUACAAGGGCAAAUAUAUCACAGAGCAGGUUCACUGUUACCAGUGUCAGAUAGCGACAACAAAUUCCUGCAAAUUUAUUUUAUGGGCAAUUCACCACAAGAAAUUGAUCUGCGUUGUGCACAUAACAAUUUAGUAAAGAGGUCUAUUGUAGAACAAUUACAAACUUUAUUUCAUCAACACAAUCAAUUGAUUAUAUUGUUUAAAACUGCCCUGGAUCUGAUGCCAUCCGAUAAUCACAAAAUUGUAAUCAGAGCUGAUAAAACACCUGCAGGUCAACAUACAAGACGUUUUAAUGCACCAACUAUUGAUGAAGUUGCUAUCGUUGUAGUUGGAGAAAACUUGGAAUCCCGUGAAGAUGGCUACGAUUUCUCAAUAAAAAUGAUAAAUCCCAUUACAGGUUCUGAAACCAACAAAAAAGUAAGUUCAAUGAACUAUUAUUCAUACCGCCUAAUGAUUCGAGAAAAUGAAAAUAAUCACAUAUUGAAAUGUCGGCGAUUAUAUCACAAAUAUGUUGUUGACAUGUAUGUUAAAAUUGAAACGGAGAGAUUAACAUUCAUCAGGUUGAAUCAAACCAAACUCCGAUCUGAAGAGUAUAUUCACCUUCGAGAUGCGAUUAAUACUGAUGGAAAUGCACAGAAUGUCGGUCGGAUGACUAUUCUUCCAGCAACAUACAUCGGAAGCCCUCGGCAUAUGCACGAAUAUGCUCAAGAUGCCAUGUCGUAUGUUCGUCAUUAUGGUACAGCAGAUUUGUUCAUCACAUUCACAUGCAAUCCGCAAUGGAUAGAAAUCAAGCAGGAGUUAUUCUCUGGGCAAUCACCCAUUGAUCGUCAUGAUAUUACAGCCAGAGUCUUUAGACAAAAGUUGAAAUCUUUAAUGGAUUUCAUCGUAAAACAUAAUGUGUUUGGUGAGACACGCUGCUGGAUGUAUUCUGUGGAGUGGCAGAAACGAGGAUUGCCACAUGCACACAUUUUGAUUUGGUUGGUUGAAAAGAUAAGGCCAAAUGAAGUUGAUGCAGUGAUAUCAGCUGAAAUCCCUAAUGUACAAGUAGAUCCUGGAUUGCAUGAGGUAGUUAUCAAAAACAUGAUACAUGGUCCCUGUGGAACUCUUAAUCAAAAUUCACCGUGUAUGAUGGAUGGUAAAUGUUCAAAACGAUAUCCACGGACAUUAAUAUCGGAAACAAUUACUGGUAAUGACGGUUAUCCAUUGUAUCGUCGCAGAUCGACAGCAGACAAUGGAAAAUCAACAAUUGUCAAAUUAAAUCAACAAGAUAUUGAAAUAGAUAAUCGUUGGAUUGUUCCAUAUUCACCCAUUUUAUCAAAGACAUUCAAAGCACACAUUAACGUUGAAUCUUGCCAUUCAGUGAAAUCUAUAAAAUACAUUUGCAAAUAUGUAACCAAAGGGAGUGAUAUGGCUGUGAUUGGAAUUGGUGCAGAGAAUUCCAAUGAUGAAGUUACCCAAUACCAAAUGGGCCGCUAUGUCAGUACACAGAACGCAGUACAAAGAGCUGCUCAGCCACCAUCUACUACAUUAACCAGUUUUUUUGAGACAUGCCAAAACGAUGAUUUCGCACAAACAUUGCUAUAUUCUGAAAUGCCAAAAUAUUAUACCUGGAAUCAAUCCUCAAGGAGAUUUAUACGACGGAAACAAGGAAAACCAGUUCCAGGAUAUACAGAUGUAUAUUCCACCGAUGCGAUUGGCCGGAUUUAUUCAGUACAUCCAAGCAAUGAUGAAUGUUUUUAUUUACGACUGCUAUUAGUCAAUGUACGUGGCCCAACAUCAUUCCAACAGUUACGAACUGUUGAUGGUGAAUUGUGUGGAUCCUACAGAGAAGCCUGUCAACGUUUGCAAUUGCUUGAAAAUGACGCUCAUUGGGAUCAAACUCUCAAUGAUGCUGUAAUAUCAUCACACGCUUAUCAAAUACGAACAUUGUUUUCUAUAAUCAUAUCUACAUGCUUCCCAUCAAACCCAAUUGAUUUGUGGAUCAAGUACAAAGAUUAUAUGUGUGAUGAUAUUUUGUAUCGAAUACGGAAUAGAAUGGGAAAUCCAAAUAUACAAAUCAGUGAAGAAAUUUACAAUGAAGCAUUGAUUUCAAUUGAGGACAUGUGCUUGAUAAUGUCAAACAAACUAUUAAUUCAAUUAGGCCUGACCGCGCCCAAUCGUCCAAUGCAUGACGCUUUCAACCAAGAGUUGCAUCGAGAAAGACUGUAUGAUCUCAACGCUUUGAAAGAAUUAAUUCAAACAAAUCUUCCACUGUUAAAUGAACAACAGAAGUAUGUAUUUGAAACUCUUAUGAAAGUAACAAAUGAUGAAACUGGAGGGAUUUACUUCUUAGAUGCACCUGGUGGUACAGGAAAAACUUUUUUGAUUUCAUUAAUAUUAGCAACAAUUCGCUCACAAAAUAAAAUUGCACUUGCACUCGCUUCGUCGGGAAUCGCAGCAACUUUGCUUGAAGGUGGUCGAACAGCCCAUUCAGCACUAAAAUUGCCAUUAAAUAUGCGAAACAAUGAAACUCCAACCUGCAACGUUUCGAAGAACUCUGCAAUGGCAAAGGUUUUGCAGCAAUGUAAAUUGAUUGUUUGGGAUGAAUGCACGAUGGCACAUAAAAAAUCUUUGGAGGCUUUAGACAGAACCUUAAAAGAUCUACGGAGCAAUAAUAACCGAUUUGGUGGUGCAAUGAUUUUAUUAGCAGGAGAUUUUCGUCAAACAUUGCCAGUGAUUCCACGAUCAACGCCAGCUGAUGAACUCAAUGCAUGUCUAAAGUCCUCCAAUUUGUGGAAACAUGUCAAAGUACUUCAUUUAAGCAAGAAUAUGCGUGUCGAGUUGCAAAAUGACCAAUCUGGAAACAUAUUCUCUAAACAACUCAUUGACAUUGGUAAUGGCAAAUUUCCUAUAGACAUGUUGACUGGCUGCAUUAACUUUCCUCAAAGUUUUUGUCAGUUAACUCGAUCAAAAGAUGAACUUAUUCAGAAGGUGUUUCCAGAUGUUUCUCAAAAUUACAGAAACCAUGAUUGGUUGAGCGAACGAGCUAUACUGGCUGCAAAAAACAUAGAUGUAAAUGAAUUAAAUUUCAAAAUUCAAGAACAAAUUACAGGCGAAUUGAGGAUAUAUAAAUCAGUUGAUUCGGCUACUAAUCAAGAUGAUGUAGUCAACUAUCCACCGGAAUUUUUGAACUCGCUGGAUUUGCCAGGAUUGCCACCUCACAAUCUUCAAUUAAAGGUUGGAUCGGUAGUUAUAAUGUUGCGAAAUAUCAACCAACCGCGUCUUUGCAACGGUACACGGUUAGGGAUAAAAAAAUUACUAAACAAUGUGAUAGAAGCAACUAUACUCAAAGGAAAGUAUAAAGGAGAAGAUGUUCUCAUACCGCGCAUCCCAAUGAUUCCGACUGAUGUGCCAUUUGAGUUUAAACGACUACAGUUUCCAGUGCGGCUUGCUUUUGCUAUGACUAUAAACAAGUCCCAGGGGCAAUCAUUAAGUGUUUGUGGUAUGAAUCUAGAAAACCCAUGUUUCUCGCAUGGUCAAUUGUAUGUUGCCUGUUCCCGUGUUGGAAAACCAUCAGAUUUGUUUAUCUAUGCGCCAGGUAAUCAAACAAAAAACAUCGUAUACCACAAAGCACUACAAUGA